AUGGUUGAUACUUUAAAGGAUAAAGACAUAAUAUUAUCAUUGAGAAUAGCCAGAAACAACAUCUUUCAUUUGUGUCAAAUAUUUAAAGAUAUGAUAUUACAAGCAAUUAGAAUGAUUUAUUCGCAUUUUAUUGUAGAAUUCUAUCGUAAUGGCAAUUUACCGCAAAUAUUUUCACAAUCUCAAUCAAUAUUACUUGGUCCACUGACUGAAUUAAGCCAAUUCACUCACACCGGUUACAAUAUUCUCUGCUGGUAUGAGAAGGAAAUAUUAGAAAAUUUAAAAUCUUAUUGGCCAAACCUUAUUCUACAAACUGAAUAUACUGAAGAAUCUAUGAGAUUAACUAUUUGCGGUUAUGUCUCUAAAAAAUUGAUUUUAAAACCUCAUCAUAAUAGAAGUUAG